AUGGCGUGCUGCUGUAAACCUGGACGAUCAAAUAAGUCAUCUGUCAGCUGUUUGGGAAGAUGUGAUUUACCAAAACACCGCUGCUUGGAGAAAGAUGACAUAAAGCCUGGUCCAGUCCCGAAACAUAUGGGAUGGCUGUACACCGCCAAAGACGCACCAGAACAUCAGUUGCGUUGCGGCUGGCGACCAGGCCACAUCUCUUGCCCAGUAUUAAAACGUAUCGAGCAGCACAAUUGUAUGAAAGCGAGUGACUGCCCUUCUUCAACAUGCUCCCGACCUUGUAGCAAGCCUUGCUGCACGCCACCAAAAUGUCUAGCAGUAUGCCCUUCAGCUAUGCCUUGUUGCAAACAACCUCCCUGCACUCAACCCCUUAUUCGGAUCAUUCGACAUGGUGGACAAUAUACUAUAUGUACAAAGCCAUCAAACAUAAGCAAUGCACCAUCUGGGCCUUACCCACUUAAAUAUGUCCUUAACACAGAUGGAACGGACACGUCAAAUACAAAUGUGAAGUAUAGUGUUGAAGCAAAGUUCAAUGACUAUCAUUUCGACUACACUAGCUCACAAACUUCUUUUGUGUUGGAUUUUUCACCCCCGGAGCAAAAGUGUUACAAGCCAUGCCCCAAGAAAAGCUUAAUAUGCUUACCAUGUUAA